AUGGCCGACUUCUACAUGUCCGUGCAACAGAUUGCCUUGGGUCAUAGUAUGGGCAAGAAGCGCGUGCUCGUGGGAUAUGGGAUCGACGUCGACGCCGUCGCCAACUGGAUCAAUACCGGUGAUGGCACGCAGCAAAACCCGACCAAUGUCUCCCGAGGGAUCUUCGGCGCCACCGUAGGUAUUAACCGGCUACUCAAGCUCUGGGACAAGUACCAUAUCAAAGCCACCUGGUUCAGCCCCGCCCACACAGUCGAAUCGUUCCCAGAGCAGAUGGCAAAGAUCAGGGAUGCAGGGCAUGAGAUUGGGCUCCAUGGAUACACUCACGAACACCCCGGCAAACUAUCAGCUCAGCAGCAGUACGACGUUCUGUCGAAAUCAAUCGACGUCUUGACCAAGUUUACCGGGACAAAACCCCUGGGGUACACGGCACCGGCGUGGCUAACGAGCAAAGAGCUCAUCCCUCAGCUUCAGGACUUCGGUAUCCUGUACGACCACUCCUUCAUGCACCACGACGUGCAGCCAUACUACGCGCCAGACUCCAGCCACGAGUGGAUCGAGACCAACCACAGCAAGGAGGCCGGCCACUGGAUGCGACCCAUGACCAAGAUCCGGCCGAGCAAGAUCGUCGAGAUCCCUGCGAAUUGGCACUUGGACGACUGGCCACCCAUGCAGCCAAUGCUUACCACCAUGUCAGGCUUUGUUGACACGGCCGUGGUGGAGAAGCUAUGGCGCGAGCAGUUUGACUUUGCCUAUCGCGAGUACGACAGCUUCAUUUUCCCCAUGUCCAUCCACCCGCAAGUAAGCGGAAAGCCACAGGUCAUUCUCAUGCAUGAACGCCUCAUCGAAUACAUCAACAAGCAUGAGGGCGUGGAAUGGAUGACCUUUGGGGAGAUGGCCAAGGAAUUCAGAGAGGGAAGGAUUCCCGGGGCCGAGGUCGAAGGUGGCGUCGAUGCCUAG